AUGGCGCAAGUCGGAUACCGAGUAAGGCUCGACGAUGACGUUCAGUCCCAUAGCGACCCGGUUGUGACCGUCGCUGGACGUCGAAAAGACGACAGAAAUAUCUACGCGUUCAUAUUGACGGCAAUUUCCUGUUUAUCUUGCCCAGAAAUCAGUCAGUUGGAGGUGCCCAUUUGGCUGACCGAUGGUACUUCUGUGGACAGCGCCAUCUGUGGCACACAAUGUUGUCCCCAACGUUUCCGCCGGACUGCACUCUUACCGUUCCAAAUAUCCACUCGUCGUCUCGACAAGCCUUUGAACAAGCCUACCAAAUAG